AUGUCUUCUGUUGAUAAUCUUUUUGGUCCCUUGGAAGAGGAGAAACUUGCGAGUAAUGUCAACGAGCUUUUCAGCAAAUCGACAGGUCCAGUCAGUACGUCGAAACUGAAGUUGCAAAGUAGAACAGUAUUGCCAGAAAUUGAACGCGAAGAGCAAACGAUAGACGAUACUGAGCAGGACAAUGAGAAGGGCAAUUCUGAGAAUUUGGCGCUUGAGAAAGAUAACGCGAUACCCACACCAGAACCAGCUAAGAAGAAAAGAAAAACCAAGAAGUGGAGAGUGGACGCCAAUGACGAUCUAGAGGCUCAGUAUUUUACCAAAACUUUGAAUAACGAUAGCAAUAGCAAAGAUGCUGAGAUCGCGCAAGAGCGCGGUUCUGAUGAUGUGUCGAAAUCCGAAAUAACCCCAGAAACCGAGACAGGAAAUAGCACUGUAGUUGAAGCGGCCAAAAAGGUCAAUAUGAAAGAGGAAGAGCUAGAAAAAGCCAACAGAACCGUUUUCGUUGGUAAUGUGCCGGCAGAAGUAAUCCUUGCCAAGAAAGCGUACAAACAAUUUAGGAGACUGUUUGAAGAAGCGGGUUUACAAAGUUCGUUCAAGAAAGACAUUUCGCGCCAUGCCGUUGGUUCAGAGGAAGCAUCGGAUUCAGACUCGGACGACGAUGAUAAUGAGUUACAGAAACCCCAAAACGCGGCACGGAAAACCGCCAUUCAGAGCAUAAGAUUUCGGUCUAUCUCGUUUGAGGAAGCUCUGCCCAGAAAAGUGGCGUUUGUACAGCAAAAGCUACACAAAUCGCGCGAUUCCGUCAACGCAUACGUCGUUUAUAAGGAUAGAACGGUUGUCCAGCGUGUUUGUAAGCAAUUGAACGCCAAUGUCUUUCUAGAUCAUCAUUUAAGGGUGGACUCUGUCGCACAUCCAGCGGAACAGGACAAGAAACGGUCUGUGUUUGUCGGAAACUUGGAUUUCGAGGAAAGCGAGGAAAACCUAUGGACUUACUUCGAAACCUGUGGCGCCAUUGAGUACGUGCGUAUUAUUAGGGACCCAAAAACAAAUUUGGGGAAAGGAUUUGCAUAUGUUCAAUUUUUUGAUUUCCAGAGUAUAAAUAAGGCUCUUUUACUUGACGGUAAGAAAUUGAACGGUACCGGGCGCAAAGUGCGCAUUUCCAGAUGCAAGAACAUGAAAAAAACGGGACCUGAUUCAAAGGCUCAUGGCCAUAAAAGAGCUUUCACAGAUUCUCAGAGAACCAAAUUUGGACGUGCCAAGAAAGUUCUUGGAAAAGCUGACAGAGCCACCAUAGGUAAAGAAAUAACUGUCGAGGGUUUACGUGCGGCAAAAGGCGAUUCUGUGCAAGGACUCAAAUCUAAGAAACAGAGAUCCAAAACUGGUAGAGUUACUAAGCGAUCAACUGCUUUCAGAAAAAAGGCAUCUCAACAGAAAAACGUUUGA